AUGGAUGGCGUUUUCGAGGAGGAGGGGGAGGGGGGGCACGCGGAGGAGGAGGGCGUGCUGGGCGGGGGGGGGGGGGGGAUAGGCGCCGGGGCGACGGUUCUGGACAGCGUGUUGUGGAAGCUUGGGUUUGACAAGUUCCAUCGAGAUUUCCGCAACCUGGCGUUGCUGGGGCUUGUCCAGGAUAGGUUCCCCAAGAGCAAGCUGGCCUACCUGGUAGUGAAGGUGAUGCUGGACAACUCCUCCCCUACGGAGAGAAAGGUCGACGAACAGGUGUCCGCAUCCAUCAGCGCCAGGGACCUGUUCGACAAGCUCUGCGAGGCCUGGCAAACGAACAACCUCACCAAGAACAAGGCGGUGCCGGACUGGCGGAGGUUCGUCUCCUGGAUGUCAGCUCUAUGCACCGACCUUACCUCCAUGGUGUCUAAGAUACCGGGAUCGGAUACGCAGAACCCUCGUUACGUGGUGAACAUGGCCAAGAUGGUGCAGUACAUCCGGGGUAACCUGGUGAAGUGCACCGCCAGGGACCGUUACGGAAAGGAGACCGCCAGGAUCAUGGAGAUUCUUCUCCAAAACAAGUACCUGGACCAGCAGCAGGUGGGCGAGAUGGCGAUGAUACCCCCCAGCGAUGCGAGGGAGAGACUGUACCGCCUAGUGAGAGACAGGAUGGUGUCGGUUCAGGAGGUACCGAAGCGGGCGGAUCGCAACCCCAACACGACCUUCUACCUGUGGACCAUCAAGCACGACCAGGUCGCUCAGGUGGUGCUGGAAAGCUUGUACAAGGCCAUGCUCAACAUGCGGCUCCGAAGGAAGUUCGUCUACUCCAACGACAAGGCGCUCUUCAUCCACGAUGCCGCUGCCCGUCUUUCCAACGACGCCGAGAGGGAGAGGCUGGACCAGGUUCGCCGUUCGCUUGACAGGCUGGACACGGCUCUCUUGCGAUUGGACGAAAACCUCAUGUUCUUCAACACCUUCUAGUCUGUGAUGCGCUUGGACCCGUGGGCGCGUAGCGUACCUCGCUUGGUAACAGGCAGUAGUGCCGCUACCUUUGAGGGCGUGUGGCUUGCGUCCGCUGUGUUGUGUGGAACCUUGCUUUCGGUAGGCAUCUUUGCGAAUGAACCGGAGUUGUGCGCGAUGAUAGUAGUGGUGGUCGGUCGGGGUGCUGUUGUCUGCCUCGCGGUCUUCGAUCACCACAAGAUAGGGGCAAGGGUCGGAGAUGGAGAGGGGUGGUUGCCGUUGUUCCUGGCGCCGAAGUCUUGUCCCGGAGCCCUUGGUCAGCCCUCGGUUCGAUUUUUAUGGAAGCCACACGGGUAGGGC